CCAGCCCAGCAGCCGCUUCCUGAGAGGCAGGAGGAAGAGGGAGGGCUCAGGGAGGAAAGCGCCCAGGCUCUCCCAGCCCAAGCAGGCUGCUGGCUUCAACACACGUAGACCCCGCACCCAGGGAGCCCGAGCCCUUGCCACCAAGAUGGAAAUCCCACCCACUCACUACGCGGCCUCCAGGGCGGCUUCAGUGGCGGAGAACUGCAUCAACUACCAGCAGGGGACCCCGCACAAGGUGUUCCUGGUGCAGACCGUCCAGCAGGCCAGCAGGGAGGAUAUUCCAGGAAGAGGGCAUAAGUAUCAUCUUAAAUUUUCUGUGGAAGAAAUCAUCCAAAAACAAGUUACAGUGAACUGCAUGGCUGAAGUUCUUUACCCUAAAGUGGGACAAGAUUCUGCACCAGAAGUCAACUUCACAUUUGAAGGAGAAAUUGGCAAAAAUCCAGAUGAAGAGGAUAACACAUUUUAUCAAAGACUGAAGUCCAUGAAAGAACCACUAGAAGCACAGAACAUUCCAGACAGUUUUGGAAAUGUGUCUCCACAAAUGAAGCCAAUCCAACACUUAGCCUGGGUUGCCAGUGGUUAUAUAAUGUGGCAGAAUUCAACUGAAGACACGUGGUAUAAAAUGGCAAAAAUUCAAACUGUCAAGCAAGUGCAAAGAAAUGAUGACUUCAUCGAGUUAGACUACACCAUUCUCUUUCACGACAUUGCAUCGCAGGAGAUUAUUCCUUGGCAAAUGCAAGUUCUCUGGCACCCACAAUAUGGUACAAAAGUAAAACAUAAUAGCCGUCUCCCAAAGGAAGUACAACGGGAAUAAACGAAGACCCUAACAC